CCUCCCACCCACUCACCGAAAACUCCCCCAAUUUUCAAUAUCACAAAAAGAGAGGAAAAAGAGCUUUUUACAGAAUUAAGCAUUGGUGGUGGAGUAGAAGGAGUUGAUCGAUAAUGGCGAUGACCGAGGCGUAUGGAGUGAUGGCAGAUGGAAAUGCAGCACUUGUUGCCAAUACUCCUACGUCUAUGAAUGGUGUUUUUGAGGCUGCAACUCCUACUGAUAUUUUGAAUGGUCAGCCUUAUCAGACCACCAAAAGAAGUCGCAGCCAGAGGCGUAGGCGUUCUUCUAUCAACUUUGGCUCUCUCCUGGAUUUCCCAUCCUUCCUCUCCCACGUGCCACCACCUCCUCCUAUGCCUGUCGCACGUGCACUUGAACCAACAGGGUUCAGAUUUCUCUUUGACAAGCAGCUUCAGAACAGUGAUGUUAGCUCCCUGAGGAGAAUUGUCGUGCCCAAGAAAGCAGCUGAGCGAUAUCUUCCAACUCUUGAGAUCAAGGAAGGGUUUCCCAUAACCAUGGAUGACAUGGAUGGCAUCCAUGUCUGGAGUUUCAGAUACAGGUACUGGCCAAAUAACAGCAGUCGGAUGUAUGUGCUUGAAAAUACUGGUGAUUUUGUCCAAACACAUGGAUUACGCCAAGGAGACUACUUUGCUCUCCAUUACAAUGAUCAGAAGCAGAUCUAUGGCAUCGAAGCUAGGAAAGCUGGAGAUGGAGCAGUAUUUCGUGGUUAUGAAGCGGAGGACAUGAUUUUAACUGAUUAUGCACAGACGGCAGAUGAUGGGAAUGGGGUGCUUAUAAAUGAACCAGAGUUGGAUAUGUCCAGCUUUUACUUCCCUGCAAUGGAUAAUGAGAUGGGCAUGUCCUUCAUUUAUGAUACCAGCUUCUGGAACGAGCCUGCCUUCGAUUUUGUAGGGGGUCCUAUGACCUAUUACUCAACUAAUGUGUUCCCAAUGCCAAGCUUUGGAUCCAUUGAAGACAGCUUCUCUGUUGAUGAUUUCUAUUAAGGUCUGCACGCGCAUAGCGGAAUAGGGGGAUACAUACUAUUAAUCCCAUGCAGCCUUGUAAUCUAAUCCAUACUCCUACCGGUAACUUUGAAGUAUAAAGCUGAUACUCCAGUUACCAGCACAAGGAAUUGUACUAGUAAGUUAAGGUUUCUGUUUUUUGUUUUUUUGUAAGGGGCUGAGACUUCUGGGGGUGUUUUGUACUUUUUUUGGCUGGCUUCUCUUGUCAAGUUUGGAUCAAAAACUCUUUACCACCGUAAAUGCAAUAAACUGGAGACCUAAGAAAUGGAAAAAUAUGAAAUAAAAAGGUUCAUAGUUCGGGCUUAUAAUCUUGUCAUCAAGCUUUGUUUGAUUUGCCAUG